CUAUACCUUUCUUGCGCCUCCAUGCCAACCUAAUCGGAAGCUUUCCUCUGUUCUUCUCCUUCUCGUCCUUCUUCGUCUGUCCUCUGCCCUCGGCUCCCAAGUUCCACUAAUCGUGCACUUAACCUGUUCAAGAGCUACGUGGUAUGGCGCUAGUGGAUACGAGAUUUAGGUUUUAGGGCUUUGGGGGUCAUUGCUUAUUUAGAUGGCAAUUAUACCUUUGGGAGGCACUUCAAUACCUUAUUUGGGAGUUCGGCCCCGGUUAGCACUUGGUUAUUCAUCUGGUAGAGCAAAAGCAUGUGGUUUACCUCAUAUGCUGUUGCGCUAUCAAUUCGGCGCCUUGGCCAAGAAAAACUAUUUUGCAUCAACUUUUUCAGAUUUCUUCGCCAAAGUACCUUCUUCUCUAUUUAACAAUGGACUGUUGCAAAAUAAUUGCCAACGAAGAGGUGCCAGGCUUACUGUUAGAGCCGAUGCAGAUUACUACUCUGUACUUGGAGUGUCCAAGAAUGCCUCAAAAUCUGAAAUAAAAAGCGCAUAUCGGAAGUUAGCCAGGAACUAUCAUCCUGAUGUGAACAAAGAACCAAUUGCGGAACAGAAGUUCAAAGAGAUUAGCAAUGCAUAUGAGGUUUUGUCAGAUGAUGAGAAACGAUCUAUUUAUGACAAAUAUGGAGAAGCUGGUCUUAAAGGUGUUGGUGCAGGCAUGGGGGAUUUCAGCAACCCAUUCGAUCUAUUCGAGUCAUUAUUCGAAGGUAUGGGUGGAAUGGGUGGCAUGGGAAGCAGGGCUUCACGCAAUCGUCCUACACAAGGGGACGAUGAGAGCUAUAAUAUCGUCCUGAACUUCAAAGAAGCCAUCUUUGGUGUCGAGAAGGAGAUCGAGAUAACUCGGCUUGAGAGCUGUGGCACCUGCGAUGGAUCAGGAGCGAAACCCGGCACGAAGCCAUCCAAGUGCAUCACUUGUGGCGGUCAAGGCCAGGUCAUCUCUUCCGCAAGGACACCUCUCGGUGUUUUCCAGCAGGUCAUGACUUGUUCCACAUGCAGCGGUACUGGCGAAUCCUCUACCCCAUGCGGUACUUGUGGCGGUGACGGACGCGUGAGAAAGAGCAAGCGAAUCAGUUUGAAAGUUCCGGCCGGAGUUGACUCCGGUAGCCGGCUCAGAGUACGGUCCGAGGGAAAUGCCGGACGAAGGGGCGGUCCGCCCGGCGAUCUUUACGUCUUCAUCGAGGUUCUCUCUGACCCCGUGCUAAAGAGGGAUGGCAACAACAUUCUAUAUACGUGCAAGGUAUCGUACAUCGAUGCCAUUCUUGGAACUACGAUCAAUGUUCCGACAGUCGACGGGACUGUCGAUCUGAAGAUUCCGGCGGGGACUCAGCCAGGAACAACGCUGGUGAUGUCAAAGAAGGGGGUUCCUUAUUUGGGCAAGCCGAACACUCGGGGGGAUGAGUUGGUCCGGGUGCAGGUAGAGAUUCCAAAAAGGUUGAGUGGCGAAGAGAAGAAGCUAAUUGAAGAACUUGCCAGUCUCAGCAAAGCUAAAACUGCAAACAGCAGGAGAUAGUAAGUUUUCAGAGGCCUUUACCAUGGUUAUAUAUUGCUAUUGCAGUUCUUAGCUCUUAGGAUAUAUGAAGAUUAUAUCACAAUUAGUUUUGAAGUCUAUCAAAGGCCGUGCAUGAAAUAUUGAUAGGUAUUUGUUGUAUAAACUAACUUAUUGAGAUUGUAGCUGGUGAUCAAGCGAAGAGUGUAAGUGGAUUUUUUAAUUUUUUA